AUGUCUAAGGUUCUCACAAGAUCCAAUGUUCGCAACUUAAAGGCAAAUAGAUCAACGAAAACACCAUCAACUUCUCAAUUGACAAAAGGAGCAUCAUCUUCUGCUAAUACGAGUUAUAUAAGUAUAAAAUGUGACUAUCAUUCUGAUGAUAAUCAGGAUAUGUCUAAUAAUAUUAUUGAUAACCUUAGAAAUAAACUCGCACAGCAUCAGGCUAUAAACGAAGACAUAAUGGAGAAAAACGCAAGUAUGUUGGAAGAAAUUAAAGAACUGAAACUAAAGCUAUCCAAUAAAAAUGAAAUAAUAAGUACUCUACAAAAAACUCUCGAUAAUUUAUCAGUGAACAAACAACUGUUUCAUACACAGACGCAAACCGAUAUAACUGAAGCUGGUAUAAAAUUCAUGGAGGAUAAAGUAGCAGAUGUAAAGAUGAGAAACGGAGAAUUGAAUCAAGAAAUCAGCAGACAAAUUGAACAAAUUGAGCAACUGAAUCAAAUAAUGGAACUUAAUCAAGGAAUAGAUGGAAAAACAUUAAAUAUUGAAAGUGCAUUGGAUGUUGAUAACGUAUCCAUAAAACAAAAAGGACAAAGGAGCGGAGAAAAACAUAUUGCAGAAGAAUACUCUACAGAAGUUUCAAAUAAUGAUGACGGAAUGCAUGACAAGUUUGUUGGAACGGGAGGCAAUUCUACUUGA